CUAAUGCAUGCAUCCCCGCGACCUCUUGCGCCAGCAUAGACACCUCAGGUGAAUCGCGAACACCCUUUUCCUUACCAAGUGUCAGCAUAUUUCUUUUAGAAAGCGUGUUUUUGAUGCAAAUAUUCUUUCAUGUCAGUAAAAAUACGCGCAUGCGUUGUUCUGGAAAUAAUUCGGAAGCCUGUGACUAAGUUGCAUUCUUGAAAUCUUAGCUCAAAGUCAUCUCUCUGAUCAAAGUUAGGCAUGUGGACGUCUUUAGACCGCGAACGCUGGGGGUUAUGUUGUCUAUCCCUCAUGGUGAACAUGGUCUGCGGUGCUCAAAGCGCCAACGAGCCAAGCAACAUGUCAUAUGUUAAAGCGACAGUGGACAAACUGCUUAAGGGAUAUGACAUUCGACUGAGGCCUGAUUUUGGAGGUGCCCCGGUGGACGUUGGCAUGAGCAUAGAUAUUGCCAGUAUCGACAUGGUGUCGGAAGUCAACAUGGACUACACCAUCACCAUGUAUUUCCAGCAGUCUUGGAGAGACAAGCGCUUGUCUUACACAGGCAUUCCGCUCAACCUAACUCUGGACAACAGGGUGGCGGAUCAACUCUGGGUCCCUGACACUUACUUCAUCAACGACAAGAAGUCCUUUGUCCAUGGUGUGACAGUGAAGAACCGCAUGAUCCGACUGCAUCCUGAUGGAACUGUGCUUUACGGUCUCCGGAUCACUACUACGGCAGCCUGCAUGAUGGACCUGCGUAGAUACCCCCUGGAUGAGCAAAACUGCACCCUGGAGAUUGAAAGCUAUGGAUACACAACUGAUGACAUUGAAUUCUACUGGCAGGGUAGCAGAUCAGUUACUGGGGUAGAGAACAUCGAACUCCCCCAAUUCGACAUCAUAGACUACCAAACCCUGUCUAAGAAAGCAGUAUUUGCCACAGGUUCCUACCCCAGACUAUCCCUGAGUUUUAAGUUGAAGAGGAACAUUGGAUACUUCAUACUACAAACCUACAUGCCCUCCACUCUUAUCACCAUCUUGUCAUGGGUCUCGUUCUGGAUCAACUAUGACGCCUCUGCGGCCAGAGUUGCAUUGGGUAUAACCACUGUGCUGACUAUGACCACAAUCAACACCCACUUGAGAGAAACUUUACCCAAGAUCCCCUACGUAAAGGCUAUUGACAUCUACUUGAUGGGCUGUUUUGUCUUUGUCUUCCUUGCCCUGUUGGAGUAUGCUUUUGUCAACUACAUUUUCUUUGGACGUGGCCCUCAUUUGCAGAAGAAGGUGGCUGAGAGAGCAGCUAAGACCAACAAUGAAAACAAGAGCCAACUGGAGAGUAACAAAGUGCAAGUUGAUGCCCAUGGUAACAUCCUCUUGACCAACAUGGGCCUUCGCAACGAGAUGGGCGGGCCUGAGAUGAUGGGGGCUCUCGGGGACCCCCGGGCCACUAUGUUCUCCUACGACAGUGCCAGUAUACAGUACCGCAAGCCUAUGACCAGCAGGGACCUGUAUAGUCGACCGGCCAUUGACCGUCCCAUUGGCCACAAGAAGGGGCGCUUGAGGAGGAGGGCUUCUCAGCUCAAAGUGAAGAUCCCCGACCUGACAGAUGUCAAUGCUAUUGACAAGUGGUCCCGCGUCAUCUUCCCUAUUGCUUUUACCUUUUUCAACCUGGUCUACUGGCUUUACUAUGUCAACUAG